AUGCUUGUCAGGAAGCGCUCUGCCAUAGUGGUAGCGCUCAUUCUUCUUUUCUGGCUAGAAGAAAAGAGCGCGUCGAGUUGUGAUGGGCGGUCAAGCAAACACACAAUUCCCAAUAUUGUGCACUAUGUGUACCUUGUCCCUCGACCGUCUGAUGAUUUGCAGUUCCAGUUCAGCCAUUUCUUGAGCAUUUUCUCUGCCUGUUACUACUGGAAACCAGACAAAAUAUAUCUACACACCAACGCGGACAGCGCCUCUCUCGCGCGUGCUAUGAGCGGUUCCUCGGGGAAGUGGAGCGCGUUGGUCUUGACGCUUCCUGUGUUAAUUGUGAAUGAAGUCAGGGUGCCAACGCACGCGGAGAACGGAAAGGAGAUUCAAAGUAUUGAGCACAAGUCGGAUUUUGUCAGGGUGCAGGCCGUCUAUGAUUAUGGAGGAAUUUACAUUGACAUGGAUGUCUUCCCACUCAGAGAUAUCAAAGAUCUUCGACAGUGUGGCUACGGUGCCGUUGCUGGAAGGCAGCAUGCCGGUGAGUUGAACAGUGGGACAUUCAUGUCAAUAAAGGGCGGUAGGGUCAUGAAGCGGUGGAUGGAGCGAAUGACACGGGUAUACGAUGGCCAGUGGACAACGCAUAGCAAUAUCGCCCUUACGCAUGUGGGAGAACGUACGGAAGAGGGGUGUGAUAUUCAGAUACUCCACCAGGAUGCGUUCGCGCCGGGGAGCUGGGACAGCGAGGAUGUGAGCUUGCUGUUUCAUACGCAUGAAGAAGAUAUGCGGCUAUUUGGUCUUGCCUCUCGUCUGGGCUGGACUCCAAAAUGGGCCCAUGACUGGUCUUGCACGUAUCUGUUACACGCAUUCCACCCGAGAAAAGAGAGACACGGGUUCAAGCACAACGAUAUCACCCCGUCAUUUGUGUUGGCUCAACAUAGUAAUUUUGCCCGGGCUGUGUAUCCGGUAGCGAAAGCACUGUACGAUCAGGGACUCAUAGGAUUCCAAGAUACGGACCUUGGACUGAACACACUAGGAGAAAUGAACCUUGAUUGA